UACCGAAUGUUGUUCCUACUGUAACACGAAGAAGAAACCGAGUAGGCGUGGCGAAAAGAAACAUGGCGGCGCACUUCUGAAAGUCAUGAGCUACACGUCUGGGAAGAAUUGCUGUUGUUUAUCGUGAAACAUAGGCGAUAUUGUAUUACAAAUUACAACUAUAUCAAUGAUAAAUUAAGACGUUAGGCACCACAUUACAUUUAAACGAGAUACAUAGGCCAAUUUCCUCGGGGACUGCAGGUGUAUUAAAAUGGAUCAAGUACAGCAGCUACGAAAUUUAAAGGAUUUUCUGUUAGUUUACAAUCGGAUGACCGAGAUCUGCUUCCAGCGAUGCACAACCAACUUCAAUUACAGAGCUCUUACUAUGGACGAGGAGCGUUGCGUUGACAGUUGUGCUGGUAAGCUCAUCCGCUCCAACCACCGCCUGAUGGGCACCUACGUGCAGCUAAUGCCUGGGAUGGUGCAGCGGCGGAUGGACGAGCUGGAGAGCAAGGCUGCUGAGCUGGCCCAGGCGGAGGCUCAGGCUGCCGGUGCCAGUGCAGGAGUGGAGCAGGCAGCGGUGCCAGCAGUGCCAGGCCUGGCAGCCACAGAUGUGCCCGUUGGGAUUACGCCGGACAUGGCAGCGCCCAUCAUCACCACAGAUGCCCCACUGCCACCUGUGUUUGUCCCUGAAGCCACAGCAGCAGUCCCCAAUCUAUCUGGCAUAGCUUCACCUGCUGCAGACAUGCCGGUGAUGAAUGGACCGUCCCUAACUAAUGGUGCUGGGAACGGCGCACCAGCCUUUGUCCUGUCACCAACUCUGGCACCAGAACUGUCAGGUCCAGUGGGCCUAGUCCCUGGUAUAUCAGAAGCCCCUGUUGUAUCCUCUGAAGCAAAGGCAGCAGUGCCCAUAACUGUUGAAGGACCAAUGACACCCUUUUCUAUACCAUCAGUGACCGAGAUACCCGUACAGGGGUCCCCCCUCGGCGUUUCUGGGGAAAAGAUGACCCCGUCACUCUUAAAGCUGCCUUCCACAGUAACGCCAGCCCUGCCAGUCACUGCACCAAUACCACCAGAGUUCAGCUCUUCAGCACCUGGUUUGAUGAAUGCCUCAUCAGAUGCCAUUGCACCGCUACCUGUUCCUGUACCUAAACCUGCUGAUCUGACCAACACCACGUCUACUCCUAGCACCAUUGGCACUGCAGCAGAUUCCCAGUCCUCAUCUUGAGUCAAACAGACUGAUCUCUUUUGCUGUUACAGUGUUAGAAUGAUUAAUGAAAUAUACAGAUGGGCUAAUGAAAAUAGCUAAAUGCUCAAACAUUGCACAUAUAUGUAAUGACUGUGUGAACCUUUUUAUUAAAAAGAUUCAGCGCUGGA